CGAGAUCAAUUUUGAGGACAUAUAAACUUCGAGAAAUAUACCGCAUCGUUCUUUUCCCCUUAGUGCAACUAGACAUCCAAAAAUAUGGGUAAGCCUCGUGGAAUUCAAUGUGGUCGCAAGAUGCGAUCGCAUCGCCGUGUACAGAAAUGGGCUGACAAGCGCUACAAGAAGCAAAACCUUCUUACUGCGAUGAAGGCCGAUCCUUUCGGUGGAGCUUCCCACGCUUCUGGAAUUGUUGUCGAGAAGAUUGGUGUUGAGGCCAAACAGCCCAAUUCCGCCAUUCGUAAGUGUGUGCGUGUGCAGCUUAUUAAGAACGGUAAGCGUAUCACCGCUUUCGUACCCAACGAUGGUUGCCUAAAUUUCGUCGAUGAGAACGAUGAGGUUCUUGUAGCCGGUUUCGGUCGAUCCGGCCACGCCGUAGGAGAUAUCCCCGGUGUGCGUUUCAAGGUCGUUAAGGUGGCCGGUGUCUCUCUUCUUGCCCUAUACAAGGAGAAGAAGGAGAAGCCCCGUUCAUAAGUGUACUGCUGUACCAUAUUAACGAGUGGUUCUGAUUUGCAACGAUACAUAAAUAAAUUGCUAAGUUCCAUGGUCAACCUAUUUUAACGAUUUCAGGUACCGUCUACUAAUUGUUUUUGAUAUUUAUUUGCGUAGCUUCGUGAAUGCUCCCUCCUAAAUAUGUUGGUGUAUAUAUGAAUUAGUUGUGCAUCAUCAC